AAGCACAAACGCACGCUGUCGCACUCGGCCAAGAGGGUAAUUCAGCACCUAUGGGAGAUCGCGACAUGGCUGUGGCUACGGGCUCUGAAGGAAAACCUGCAUCACUACAAAUGGAUGAGAGGGAGGAAAAAGCAAAAGUAGAUGAUGCGGUAUCAAGAGCGGAAAGAUCACGACUUGUCAUCGAGAAAUCGGCGGAAGAGUAUGAUCAUCUUCAACUUCAAAACAAAGCAGUAGCACUCAAAGAGCAAGAGCGUCAGCGCUCCCAACUACACCAGGAGAAUCUCGUUUGUGAGGAUCAUAGUAGGAGAGAUGAGGCUAUUCUAUCCGAGUCAGUCGUGCUAGAGGACACCGCGGCAGCGUGUUUAGAAGAGAUUUUUCAGAAAACGCUUCUGCGUCGUGGAGGUAGCGGUACGAGCUUGAGUGGUCGCGAAGAGAAAGAAAAUAGUGCCGUCGAGAGGAGUGGUCGUCCUUCGGAGAAACAACCACGAAGUUCCUCGGAAGACCAUAGACGAGCAGUCAUGGUAGACGCAGACGCAGAACAGCAGCACAGUGAAGAGUUGUCUUCUUCUGUUGCUACAAGCGAUCAUCCUGCUUUUGAGGACAAGUUAGAGCGACUCAAGUCAGGUAUGGGUGGUGACAGCACUGGGUGGUCACUUCCGCCUGUGCGAGACGUUCAAGUUCCGAUGAUGGUCUCUCAGUUUAUCCGAGACGCUGAGAACGAGAAGUCCUACGUAACAGACCACUCGUCUGAGUCUUCGACGUCUCGUUCAAGUAGCCACUUGAGCAGAACAGGUGACGCUGCGCAAAAGGGAGCCUCAACAAGAUCUGCAAAAUCUACUUUGAAAAGAAACAUUGCCACAGGAGCUACUGACAAACAAGCCGCCAGCACAGCAAAACAGCC